AUGAAUACUCUCCAUCGACGUGCUUUCGAAGCAAUUCUUGAAUAUUUGUACACAGAUACAAUUGACACUUCAAUAUUUAAAAAGGAAGAGUGUGAAGAUGAUUUUGAAGAAGACUAUGAAGAAGAGUAUGACGAUGAUGAAGAAGAUAAUGAUGAACAUUCGAAUGAAGAGGAACCUUCUCGCAAAAAGAAGAAAAACAACCAUGAUGAGGAAGAGGAGAAAAAGGAGAAUCAUGAAACGCAUGAGACCAAGAUGAUGAUUGGUGAUUCCCCUUUCAACCUGUUACGUCAAAUCAUUUAUUUGGCCAAGUUUUUAGAUUUGAAACAAUUGAUACGUCGCCUCAUCACAGAUCUAUUGGGUGGAGGAAUUUACAAAUUAGUGGCCAUUUAUUAUGAUGGUGUUGAUGGUUCUUGCUCGUUUUUAUCCUCACAGCAACAAGAACAACAACCUACAACACUCAGAGAAUAUGAUUUUAUGGAAUUUACCAUGUUUGUGUUCAUGACAUAUGGUAAUCAUUAUGGAGAUAUGGAUUGUUUGCUUGGUUUUCCAAACUCUUUUCUUGAACUUGUUUGUUCACAAUAUUGCAUUCCAUUGCGCAUCAAAUUGAAAAUUGUGAAGGAACAUUUGAAACAAAAUUAUGGAAUUUCAAAGGCUCCAAUUCCUUCGAGUGUGUUAUCUCAGUACCAUUCUGUCCUUUCUAAGAUUGAAAAGACGAGUGUGGAACAUUCGUUUUUUGUUUCGAAGAAAGAUAUUAAAACAUUGAAAGAAUAUUUUGGAUGGAAUAUAUUUCACAAUCGAUGGAAGAAAUUCAAAAGAAAUUGUCUUCCAAGAGUUUCACUCCUAGCUCAGUACUAA